UAUUUUGUUGUUACUAUGCUGUUGACAUGCCACACAAAACAUGGCCGCCUCUUUCACCCUCCAAAGCAACAGGUUUUAGUGCCGUGCUUCCGGCGGAACGCUACUUCCUUUUCCGGCUAUCCGGUGUCCUUGUCCUUCUGUGCAGCAGCCUCAGAGAGCAGGGAGAGGAGCAUCAGCAGCACCAUGUUUCGUAACCUCCUGGCACUCCGUCCGAUUUCUCAGCGGACCUUCAGCACGUCUACCCGGAAGUCACUUCAAAACAAGGUUGCGGAAAAGCAAAAGCUCUUUCAGGAAGAUAAUGGCCUUCCUGUACAUCUAAAGGCAGGGCUCAGUGAUGCCUUAAUGUACAGGCUGACCAUGGGGAUAACCCUUUUUGGUACUCUGUAUUCCAUAUUUGAGAUUGUCAAGGCUUCACUUCCCCAAAAGCAGAAAUGAUUUCAGUUUUUCUGAAAAAAAAUCUUGUCCAUUUUGGGAUGCAUCAGGGAUUCUUGUGUCCUUGUCGUACAGACAUGUUUAAAUGAUGGGAACAAUAUUUAUUAAAAUGUGCUGUAUAAACUGCUGACAAUAAAGUGGUUUUACAUUGCUUA